AUGAACGUGUACUCUGUAACCCUCAGCGGCCCAGCGCCAUGGGGCUUCAGGCUGCAGGGUGGCAAAGACUUCAGUAUGCCCCUCACUGUGUCCAGGCUGACUCCAGGUGGGAAGGCAGCUCAGGCUGGCGUCGGGGUCGGAGACUGGGUGGUCUCAAUUGAUGACCUAAACUCGGUGGAUUUGACCCAUGUGGAAGCCCAAAACAAGAUCAGAGCAGCGUCAGACUCCCUAACGCUCACUCUUAACAGAGCUGUCAAAGUUGAUGGCGAGCAGAAGGACUCACGCGCUGAGGCUAAUGUACAGCCAAAGUACUCCUUUGCCCCCAGCACCACCAUUAACAAGAUGGCGAGGCCUUUCUCAGCAGGGGGUGCUAGUGCAGGACCUGUCAUAAAACCUGUGGCCUACUCACCUAAGCUUAACACACCUCACUCUCAGGGGCGUGCCAAUGUGCUGCAACCACAGAACGGUGUGGAGCCAACUCCAUCACCUGCCAAGGCUCAGACAGCCAAUAAACCAGAUGGUUUUCUCUCCUGCAAAUGCUAUAUUUUCCCCCCUAAAAUCACAGGAACAAAGACUCCAUCUGCUCCUUCCUCCCGACCUCCGUGGGUCACCGACCCUAAUUUUGCCGACCGUUUUCGUCCGGAUAAGACGAGCACGGUGGUGACGCUCCACCAGCAGCCGGUUCAACCCACGCCGAUGGAGAACCGCAGUUCUAUUCUACAGGCGGCGCAACAGGCGCCUGAAGGCAGCGGGAGGACACCAGUGUGUGGUGCUUGCAACAAAAUCAUCAGGGGUCGCUACCUGGUGGCGCUUGGGCGCUCUUGGCACCCCGAGGAAUUCACGUGCUCACAGUGUAAAGCCGUCCUGGAAGAGGGAGGCUUCUUCGAGGAGAGAGGUUCUGUCUUCUGUACCAAAUGCCACGAUAACCGCUACGCACCCAACUGUGCAAAGUGCAAAAAGAAGAUCACGGGGGAAAUCAUGCAUGCUCUGAAGAUGACCUACCACGUUCAGUGUUUUAAGUGCGCAGCCUGCAAGACUCCUAUUAGGAACCAAGCCUUUUACAUGGAGGAGGGAGAGCCUUACUGCGAGAGAGAUUACGACAAGAUGUUCGGCACCAAGUGUCAUGGCUGCGACUUUAAAAUUGACGCCGGGGAUCGUUUCCUGGAGGCGCUGGGCUACAGCUGGCACGAUACGUGUUUCGUCUGCGCUCUGUGCCAGAUGAACUUGGAGGGAAAGACGUUCUACUCAAAGAAGGACAAGCCCCUCUGCAAAGGCCACGCGUUCGCCCCCGUGUGA